CAGGCAUCCUCCAUGAGGAGGAAUAAGUUAUUUGUGCCUGGGACUCGGACUGAGUACGUGAGUAGAGCUCUAUCCGUCAGGGAAUACUAUGCGCACGCGUGACCUAAUCAUCUCAAUUGUAAUCAUGAUGACUCCGAUCCGCUAUCAUAUUAAUAUCAGUGAUCAUGCACAUUGCAGGGACGUGGCACAAGGUGUUUUCCUUUCCCUUCAAACCGCUUCAUCUCGACUGGCGUUUUCGUGCAGAUGACGAACCUCAAACUACUACUGAACCAAAUCAACCCGUUCUCGUCUCGCCAUGAAACGACCGACCAUCAUGAUGAAGAGGAAUUCAAGCUUCCGAACAUGACGUCUCUGGUCAUCAUGAUUUCAAUGAAUCUCCUUCUUCAAGUCUCGUUUUUCAUCGUCGUUUCGUCGUCGAAUAAAUAUGGAGAAUACUUGGGAGGAAAUGCUACUUUCUCUGGAAUUAUCAUCGGGAUUCCGACAGCUUUUGCCGGACUUUCUUUGAUUCCCUUGACAAAGUACGAUAAAGGGAUGUACAAAAUGCCCCUUCAUGUCAGUUGCUGCUUCGCCAUUCUAGGCCAUGUCGCCUACGCUCUGGCCUUCCGGGCCAACUUUCUAUAUUUGAUUUUGAUCGGCCGUUGCCUCAAUGGGGUUGCAUUCUCCAUGUUCAUGUACUGCAAACGGUACUGCACAGACCCUCGGAUUGUUGGCAUCAGACGGAGAACUACGCUUGCUAGCUGGUUGGUCAUUGGUCAAGGCAUGGGCAUGAGCUUUGGCCCAUUCCUUGGUGGCGUGUUGUACGAAGUCGGGUUCUCAAACUCAAUUUUCAACGGUUAUACAAGUCCGGGAUGGAUCAUGGCCGUGAUUUACGCUGGCUUCUGGGUUUUGGUAACAAAAUAUUUCGAGGACAUCCCUCAACCACCAACCAUCAUGGAAUUGCAGUUAGCAAGAGAUUCAAAUCCUCCCAUCGUUUCUUUAGAAGUGAAAGGUGAAGACACAGAGGCUUCUCCCGAUUAUCCAUCAGCAUCUACCACACGUCCUGCCUCACCCAUUGACGAAUCAUUCAGAGCACAACUCUCGCUGAUUACACGGUCCCAGUGGGGUGUCAUUGCAUGCAUGUGCUGGUUCGCGAUGCUCUGUUUUUUCAUCCUAGGCUCUUGGGAAGCCAAUCUGCCUGUUUUUGGUGCCGCUGCUGAAAACUUUCACUGGUCACCAUUUGCUGCAGGAAAUUUCAUCGCUCUCGGAGGAAUAACAUGUUUCCCUUUCCUGCUCUUCAACCUCUUAGCUGCACGUCGCACACAGGAUCGCAAAAUCCUCGCAUUCGGUACGAUUAUCGGCCUUGCAGGGCUUAUUAUUUUUCUUUCCAUCCUUCGCACCGGAAAAGUCAAUUAUGGCUCGCUAUUUGCAUGUUGGUGGACCGUAGCGCUCGGUUUUAACCUUGCGACCACUGUGACCCUUAGUCUACUCAGCAAGCAGCUCCCACCCGAGUGGAACGGGCGCACUUCAAUGGCAAUUCAAUACAGCAAUUAUACCGGUCGUGUUACCGGCGCAAUCUGGGGUGGUUCGGGUGUUUCAGUGGGGAUGUUGAACUUUGUGGGAUUGGAGAUUGCUAUGGUCGGUAUUGGAGCUAUCUUGUUUACCACAUUGUGGAGGGAUCUAAAGACGAAGACGGGAUGACAUAUCCGGGGGGAGAGCGUUUUAUAAUACUGAGGCUGGCCAUUAUGAUUUCUGCACAAUGUAUAAUCUUAUGAUGGCCUUGGGGUGUCGUCCACGGUCACUGCAAGUACGCUGUAUAUCCAACAGCAACAGUCGAGACUACUAGCUUACUAUUCCAUACAUCAAGCCUUCAAGCUUCAGGU